AUGAGGUUAAAAGAUAAAUUAAUGUUUUUAAAUAUUAUUCAAGUUUCGAUGGAUUCAAAUAUUGAUAAAUUCUUAUAUGCUUCAACCGCUUGCAUUUAUCAUUGUAAUAAUGAAAUUAAAUUAACGAAACUCAAAGAGUCUUAUGAAAAAGAAAAAUUAAAUACUGAACUUAUAUCUGAGAAAGCAAUACUUGAAGAUUGCAUCGAGGCAGUUAUCAAACUCAUAGAAUGUGAUUUAGCUCUUACACUAAACAUUGAUUCAAAAGAAUCAAUUAGUAUAGAAGAACUUGCAUAUGUCACGUUUGAAACAAUUGACGUAUCACAUAAUAUAGCAACUUUGAGAUUUGUUUAA